UCUGCUGUAAUCGAUCUUCUAUGCCCCGACGUCUGUUUUUCUCUUUCUUCCUCCGAUUCUGGUGAAGGAUCUGGGAAGAAAACUUAUGUUUUGGGUUUACGGAUGUGAUGAUUCUACAUGACGAAACUUUUCUUCGAUUGACUGUCUGUUGGAAGAUUGGGCCUGGUUUUCCCAUCGCUUUCUUGUUUUUAUGUGUCAUCCAGUCGUUUGUUGGGCGAGUAUGGCAUAGUUGAGGGAUUUUUUUAUUUGGGCUGUGGUCGAGAUUACUUUUUCGUCUGUCGUUUCGGUGGAGGGAUUCAUCCUUUUUUUUUUUUAUCAAGAGAUUUGCAUUUUAUUUUCUUUGUUUAUCAUUGGUGAAUUUGUUGCAUUAUUCAAUUAUCUUGUUCCUGUUUUGGGAUAACUUGAUCUUUUAGUUUCAUCAAUUUUUUGUCAGCAAUCAUGUAUAUAAUUGAAACCCUUCGAAUCAAUCCUUUACGGGGAAAGAAUUGAAUCCUGAGAAAGAAGGAUCUUUUAUGGGCUUCAGAUUUUUCUUAUGGAAAUUACGGAAGGAUUUACAUACAUACUACUGAAUUCCUACGUAUUUACAUAUUUAAUUCUUAAAUGUUAUAUUUACUAAUUCACAUCGAAGAGCCUGAUCCAUAUCACCAUUUAUGUUAGAACCUUUUUGUUUCUUUGAAUGGGAUAUUUGAGCUGCUAAUGAUCAUUGGGAUCGCUUCCCUGUAAUGUUGAUAAAACACAAGGUAGGAUGAACCAUUCUCUAAAAGGGAUAAGAAAUGAGAUGCUCGGCUUUUUUUAUUAUUAACAAUUAUUUAUCAUGUUGAAUGUGAUGAUAUUAUUAUUUGGCAUUAUAAAAAACGUGGUUUGAGCUACAUGAUUAAUGAUUAUGCACAGAUACUAUCAAAAAGUCUUAGCAUCUUCUAUAAAGUGGAUCCUUCUUUACCGAUGAAGAUUGUAACCUUUUGCUCUUCUUGUGGAAAGAUUCUUCUUUAUAGGGGUGGCUGCUUUUUUAUUCUGUUUGUUUGUACAUAGACUUGCAAGUUGCUUCAAUCGAAAAGAACCAAAAUCAAAGCAUCUUGGAGUCAGAUUCUGAUUGACUUAAAGAAAAUCAAGAUGGAAGAGCGCACAACACCAAGUUCUCAGGUUAUUGAAGUUAACAUCGAUGUGACUCCAGGCAUGUCAAGUGUUGCUGGGAACAAAAUUUGCGGCGGUGCAGCUUGCGAUUUCUCUGACAGUAAAAACAGCUCGAAAGACGCCAAAGAAAGAUCUGCAUCCAUGAGAAAGCUUCUUAUGGCCGUUGUUCUGUGCAUCGUAUUCAUGACAGUAGAAGUAGUUGGAGGGAUAAAAUCAAACAGUCUUGCUAUCUUAACUGAUGCCGCCCAUCUCCUCUCCGAUGUUGCGGCAUUCGCCAUCUCCUUAUUUUCCCUCUGGGCAUCAGGGUGGGAAGCAACACCCCGGCAGUCAUAUGGCUUUUUCAGAAUCGAAAUUCUUGGAGCAUUGGUUUCCAUUCAGCUUAUAUGGCUAUUAGUUGGCAUUCUGGUUUAUGAAGCUAUUGUCAGAAUAAUAUACGACAGCGGCAAGGUACAGGGUUCAUUGAUGUUUGCUGUGUCAACCUUUGGAUUGGUAGUCAACAUCAUCAUGGCUAUGUUACUGGGGCAUGAUCAUGGUGGCCAUAGUCAUGCCCAUGGCGGUUUUGGACAUGAUCAUGAUCAUGCUCAUGAACAUCCUGACCAUGAAGACUCCCAUGCUCAUGAUGGUCAUGAUCACAACCUUGAGCAUGGUGAAGAGCACUUUCAUUGCCAUGGUGUCAGUGUCACAAGCCAUCAUCAUCAACAUCACCGGCACAAUGAUGUGAAGGAACCUCUUCUAAAGCACUCGGGUGACCACUCAACAUCAAAAUCUGCUUCCGAAGGAACUAAGGAGCAUCAGAGAAACAUAAAUGUGCACAGUGCUUAUCUCCAUGUGCUUGGUGACUCUAUCCAGAGCAUAGGAGUCAUGAUUGGUGGAGCUAUGAUAUGGUAUAAGCCUGAAUGGAAGAUUAUUGAUCUAAUAUGCACUCUAAUAUUCUCUGUGAUUGUGCUUGUGACUACCAUAAGGAUGCUCAGAAACAUAUUAGAGGUUCUUAUGGAGAGCACGCCUCGAGAAAUCAAUGCGACAAUGCUUGAGAAAGGGCUCUGUGAACUGGAAGGUGUGAUUGCCAUUCAUGAGCUUCACAUAUGGGCUAUCACUGUGGGGAAGGUUCUGCUUGCAUGUCAUGUGACAAUCACACCAGAGGCAAAUGCUGAUGAUGUUCUUGAUAAGGUAAUUGGAUAUAUCAAAAGGGAGUAUAACAUUAGUCAUGUAACUAUUCAGAUAGAAAGGCAGUAUUAGAAAUAUUUUGAAGGUUUUUUAGGUGGUUGGUUGGUGGAUUGUAAGCAAGUAUUGUUGCUAAUAUGAUGUUCAAUUCUAUGCUUUGGUUGAGCAAUUUAUUGCUUUUUUUUUUUUUUCUCAGAAUGGAGAUGAAAUGUUAGGAUGA